UCUGGGCUGGGAUUGCCAGGGUGGGUCCGUUGAGCUCCAGCGACUAGAUCUGUCUGCUACUGGCAGGGCGCUCCAGUGGAUUCCCAGCACCCAAAGGGUUAAGGUGCAGAAAUAACAUGUCCUCCAGUCUUCCCAGCUAAGCGGCCUCUUCCUACUCCCUUCCCUCCCGGGAGAGUGGGCUUUUCCUUGGGGUGUAGAGCACGGAUUUGCUCGGGUGUCUUUUGAAUGCAUCUGAACUGGCCGCAACGCCCUUCUCCCCAGUACAUAAAUAAAUGCAGAUGUUAAACAGCCAGCGGCAGGCAUUUUGGCUGCCUCACUUGUCACCGUUUGCAAACGUGGGCUGGAGGAGAGCCUCCUUUUCCAGCCCCGUGGAGGGGCCCAGAGACCCCGCUGCCUUUCCAGCCUCCGUGGCGAGCCCAGUGGCCGUCUGGCCGGGGCCCCGGCUGUUUAAAUGGAGGGUGGACCAAGGAGGAGGUUUGCAGUCUGGGGAGGGGGUGGGGGACUGUUUAUACUGCAGCAGAGCAUCCCCGUGGUGCUUUGCAAAAGCUAGAGUCCCAGCUCUUCCUCCCCCUCCUUCCUUCUCCUCUCCACCUUCCUCUGGCUUCUUCCUUCUCUCCCUCCUUCCCUCUUCUUCCUCUCCCCUCUUUCCCUCCCUCCUCCUCUUCUCUCUCCUACCCCUUCCUCCUCUUUUUUGCCCCCUCCCUCCCACAUCUGCCUUAUUUCUUCCUUCUUCUCUAUUCCUCAUCAUCUUUCUUCUCCCUCCUCCUUUUUCUCGUCUCGCUCCCUCCUUAUUUCUUCCCCUUCUAUCACCCCACCCCGCUCCUCUUCCUCCUUCUUCUUCUCCCUCCUCCCCUCAUCAUCGCCUCCUCUUCUCUCUCCCCCCUCCUCCUCCUCUCGUUCCUCCUUCUCUCUCCUCCUCCUCCCUUCUUCACCCUCCCUCCUCCUCUUCCUCCCUUCUCCCCCUUCUCCCCUCCCCCCUAUAGUCUUCUAGGGGGAGGGGUCCCUUUAAGAGCCAGCGCGCGCUCUUCCCUUUCCCUAGCAACCGCCCCCGGGGAGGUGUAGGCCCUGGUAACGGUGCCGGUCACGUGGUGCCCGCGCGGCGGCGCGAGCCACUGAAGGCGAGCCGGGGAGCGGCGGGGGCCCGGGGCUGGAGCGUGUCUGGGUCUGGGUGCUCGGGGCGCGCGUGCGCGAGCGGUGCAGCAGCGGCCGCGGGAGGAGGGAGCUCAAGUAUUAUGGGCUGUGGGCGCUGCUGAACAAGAUGGAGCUGUCUGCAGUGGGAGAGCGGGUGUUUGCGGCCGAAUCCAUCAUCAAGCGGCGGAUCCGAAAGGGACGCAUCGAGUACCUGGUGAAAUGGAAAGGUUGGGCGAUCAAGUACAGCACUUGGGAACCCGAGGAAAACAUCCUGGACUCCAGACUGAUUGCAGCUUUCGAGCAGAAGGAGAGGGAGCGGGAACUAUACGGGCCGAAGAAGAGGGGACCCAAGCCGAAAACUUUCCUGCUGAAGGCGCGCGCCCAGGCUGAGGCCCUGCGGAUCGGCGACGUCCACUUCUCCGUCAAGCCGGGCUCCAGCUCCACGUCCCCCAAGCUGCACUCCAGCGCCGCCGUGCACCGGCUCAAGAAGGACAUCCGUCGCUGCCACCGCAUGUCGCGGCGCCCCCUGCCCCGGCCGGACCCCCAGAGCAGCGGAGCCCCGGGGGCGGGCCCGGGCAUGAGGCCGCCCAUCUCGCCCUUCUCGGAGACCGUGAGGAUCAUCAACCGCAAGGUGAAGCCCAGGGAGCCCAAGAGGAGCCGCAUCAUCCUCAACCUGAAGGUCAUCGACAAGGGCGCCAAGAGCGCUUCCGGGGGCGCGGGCGGCGGGCCCCUGGCCCGCCCCAAGAUCCCCUCCCGCAACCGGGUCAUCGGCAAGAGCAAGAAGUUCAGCGAGAGCAUCCUGCGCACGCAGAUCCGCCACAUGAAGUUCGGGGCCUUCUCCAUCUACAACAAGCCCGCGGCCAGCGCCGGCCCGGCCCCCGGGGCCCCCGGCAAGCCCGAGGCCGGCUCCUCGCAGGGCCCCGCCCCGCCCCCCCGGGGGCUCAUCCUGGCCGCCGCCCCCUACGACAUCCGCAGCUCCAGCUCCUCAGGAUGCCCCUCCCCCGCCCCGCACUCCUCCUCCGACCCCGACGACUCGCCCCCCAAGCUUCUCCCGGAGACCCUCAGCCCGGCGGUCCCCGACUGGCGCGAGUCCGAGGUGCUCGACCUGUCCAUUCCGCCCGAGUCCGCCGCCACCAGCAAGCGGUCGCCCCCGGGAGGGGGCGAGGGGGGCCAGACGCCCCCGUCGUCCUCGCCCCCGCGCCCCUCCUCCGACCCCGAGCAGGAGGCCGGGGACUGGCGUCCGGAGAUGUCUCCCUGCUCCAACGUGGUGGUCACGGAUGUCACCAGCAACCUCCUGACCGUCACCAUCAAGGAAUUCUGCAACCCCGAGGAUUUUGAGAAGGUGGCGCAGGGGGCUGUGGGUGCGGGCGGGGCUAACGGGGGUGGCGGCAAAUGAGGGGGGCCGGUCUCCACCCAGAGGGGCGGGUGGUCCUGGGCACGCCCGGGCGAUCCCUCCCCCCUUGCCCGCAUUCACUAGCGUUUGAUCUCCGCUCCCCUGCACCCACGCGCACCCUCACCCCCGCCUGUCCUUCGCUGAUUUGAUUUGGCUCACAGGCACCCCGCCCCCAGCCCCUCGGCCCUAGGAGGGGACGGGGAGGAUGGGGCAGGGCUUGUGCCCGAGCGGGUGGGCGGCCACAGGCCGGGGCCGCUGCCCGGUAGCCCAUCACCUGGCCUGGCAGCGUCUGGAAGCCGGGCCGCAGAGCUGGCUCGGACCCCGUUCUCCCCGGGGCUCUCACUCCUGCCCUUCCCCACUCCCCCACCACCCCCACCAGGACCUGGGUACCCGGAGCUCGUGUCCACUCUCGGUGCUAAACUGGCAGCUGAAGAGCUGGUGCUCUUGCGACCUCUCCUCCUCCCCCGACCCCAGGUGCUAACUCCGUCCUCCUCGCCCCCUGCCCUCCUAGAUUUGGGAAUGGGGGGAAAUUCUUCCUCCCUGUUUGGAGUCCCACCUCCCUCUGCUGUGGGUAGCUCUGGAGGCUGUAGCAUCUCCAGGAUGGGAGGCUCUGAUUGGGCAGCUGCAAUGGGGGGGAUUUCUGGUCACUGUGUGGUGGGGACACCCUAGCACCCGCCGUCCACAUACAGAUCUCCCCGGUGGCCUGGCUUUGGCCUGCUAGCCCUCCUCCUUCCUGAUUCCUCUUUGGGGGAGAUGGGCUGAGAGGUCCCCCUCCCCUCCAAAGACCCCAAGAUCCGAAGUGGGCCCCUCUAGUUUGUCAACCAAAGGUGCUAGCAGAGCCUUCUGGGGACACUGUCCUUCCUGUGGGUGUGUCCAUUGCAUCUUGGCGUGUAUGUGCCUCUGUAUGUGUGUGUGUGUACCAUGGGGUGUGGGCCGUCCCCCUCCUUCCCAGCCUUCUCCCCGCUGCCCACCCAGCCCGUUUUGGUGCUCCAGCCUCUGCGUGGGGAAGGCUCCUUUUCCAUUCCACUACCUUCGCUGGCUGUGGGAGCAAUUAUCUAGGAGCAGUCCUGCCCAGAGCACACCUUCCAGCAUCCCCUGGGUCUUGGGGGUCCCACGCAGCCCAAGAUCCCUGAAGAUCUUGGGUCUUCCUAUGGCAUGCUUGGCGGCCCGUCGGGAACAUCAUCGUCUUUUCCUCCUCCUCUCUGGCUGUGGGACCCAGAGAGCUGCUGCAGAGCUCAGCCUUCUUCUAGGAGGAUGAAGACCCCACAUCUUCUCCCUGAUCUUUCUUGCCCCCUGCCCUCCUUCCACUCUACGGGCAGGGGGCAGACCUCAAACCUUCCUCCUCUUUCAAGUGGCUUAUCUGAGGGUGGGGUUAGGAUGGGGCUCCCAGGAAGGGGGAGCUGGCAAGGGGGGGGGUCCUGUUUUUUCCAGAUAAUAUACUGUGUUUGGUUAGAGAGUAAUUGUUUGGGGAAGUAGAUGCAUCUUGUCCACGAUGGUGGUUGUUUGAGAUUUGAGCUCUGUGUGUGUGUGUGUGUGUGUGUGUGUGUGUGUGUGUACUUGUGCGGGUAGGGAUAGAGUGACUCCAGAAAUUAGAAAGGGAAGCAGAAGAAAGGAGGCAGCUCCCUUCUGUCCCCUCCCUUGGGGCCACCCUGUGCCCCCGGCCCACCUCAGGACUUGUUAGAAGUAAGUGCCGCUGGCCUGUGAGGGUCAGGGGACAACGGCCCUUGGGGUGGGCCUGGGUAGGGCAUAGGACACGUGGGCCCAUCCUCUCCUUCCCCUGGUGAAUAGGACCAGAACCCUCCGCUGGCUGGUUGGCCGUCCAAGUGCCGGCCGGCUGUCCCUCUUGGAAGAGCUGGCCUCCCUCCCCACCCCUCUGAUGAAAAUUAACCUGGGCGCCCAAAUCUGGCCGUUUCCCGGGGAUCCCUAGAAACGUGUUUUCUGAGAGUCUGUCAUUCGUGAAAUUUUUUUUCUUUCUUAAAAGCGGGUGGGGUGGGGGGGAAAGUCGUGUUUUCAAAGGUGAUUUUAUGAUGGGAGAGUGAAAGAACUAGUUUUACAAGAAAAGAAAAAAAAAGACAGAAAAAAUAUUGUGGAAUUCCUACAGGGAGGGGGAAGAAAGAGAUAUUUAAAAAUAAUAAUACUUGUGAUUGCACAGCUACGGCGGGGCCACCAGCCAGCCGUGGGGAGGGAAAGCUAGGAGAUGGGCGGGUAGUAUUCUUGGUCUCCAGGCCGGUGGGGGGCCCACUGGGGUCCCGCUGCUCUUCGCUCGCCUCUUCUCCCAGCUGAGGUUAGCGUGGAACCCUAACUGGUCCACAAACUAUCCCCCUCCUUGGCCUAGGGGUGGAGAGAGGGCCAUGGUGAGCCAGCUCCGUGCCCAUCCGUGACAGGAGAUGUGCCCGGGGCCCUCCUCCCUACUUCUGCCUCUGAGGGGGGAUAGGCUCCAAGGUGCUGAGGUGGGGUUGGCUUGGGAAGGCCAGAUUUUGUGGCUGAAGGGGAGAGGGUGGGAGCUCCUUCUCUAGGCUUAGUCCUCGAUGAGGGACCCUUAACCUGGCCAAGUCCCAGAGAAUAGGGUGGGAAUGUAGGGAGGAGGAACGAGAGGCCGGGGCAUGGGGAUUGGGGUGAGGGUGUGUCUUGGGGGAGACCCCCUACCACAUGCCCAGGGAGGAGGCUAGGUGUUAGGGGUAGGUCACAUCAGUUCCUUCCAGCUCCCCAUAAAAGAGAGGUGCCCACCCACGCCCUACUGAGUUUGAUGCCCACCCAGACCCUCUAGGCUCAAGAACAGCCCUUCUAGUGCCCCUGGGGGGAGCGAAUACCUCGUCUCCUGGGGUGUCUCUGAGCAAAGGGGCGCCCGCUCCCCCAAGGCCUCCGCUGCUUGUCCCUUUGCCCUGUACCAGGCAGAAGCUGCAGCCACUUCUCUUUAUUUUUGUAUACCAACUCCCCCAAACCCCGUUUUCCCAAGCCGGAUUUUACCCCGAGAGCCUUUUGGCUUCUCCCACCGGCCCCGCUGGUCAUAGGACGUAGCAGAAAUACCACGUUCCGGUCUCACGUCUGAAACCGUUCCUGACUUCCCCCUCCCCAGCCCCCACUGGCCUCUUUUUUCCCCAUCUGUGAACUGGGUCGGGGGGGGGGGGCAUGUGUUUUUCAAAAGCAGUAAAUGAGCAAUGGGGGCUGGGAGGAGGGGGCAUCCCUUCUGGGGGCUGCCCAGCAGCGAGGGGGAGGGGACGUGUGGCGGCUCCAUCCCUACUAUUCUUUAUAGCGCUUUACAAUUUUCAAAGCACUUUCCCCAUCUGUUGUCUCGCUCGGUCCUGGGGGAGGCAGGUGUUGUUACUACUAUUUUAAAAUUAAUAGGCAGCCUGGUGUAGCAGAUAGAGAGGCUGCCUCGGAGUCAGGAAGGCCUGAGUCCCGACACAGCCCAGCUGUGAUCCCCUGACUUUCUGGGGCACCUUCCGUGUGGUUUCCUCAGCUGUGGUCCCCUGCGGGGAAGCAGUCGAGAUCCCGUCCCCCAGAAUGUCUGAUUAAGGGGAGGGGGGCUGCGUCCCAGACAUAGAAAGCACCUUCUCCAGAACCCACAGCAAACGGCAGAUUUUGAACUCCCAAGUCGGGACGCUUCGCCCUCCCUUGUGCUGCUUUUUUUUUGGGGGGGGGGAAAUCUGGGCAGGAGAGAAGGGAGCAGAGGGGGAGGCACCCCUAUCCCUCUGCGCCCGCGGGGGCUGGAUGUGGUCAGCGUGUUCCCGGCCAGGCCAGGCCAGGGGCCCGGGCUGUUCUCUCCCCACAGAAGUGGUGAGACAGAGAGCGGCUCUCGGAGGCUGCCUCAUUCACCCUCCGGUCUGCCUCCUCAGAGAAGACACGGAUGAAGGCGACGGGCCCUUUCUCAGAGGCCAGGGAUUGGGGCCGGGAGCAGCUGUCGCUUGUGGCCUGUGCCCCCUCCCACCUUGCACUUCUUGCCUUGGAGAGAACAGAGGGGUCUCUUCCACCCCGAGUUAUUCCCGCUUCUCAUGCACUGGCCCAAGGUCCCUCCCGGGGCUCUCGGAGACCCGCUCUGUGCCCCGGCCCCCGCCUUGGGAAGGAAGUUCUCCGCCUGAAUUUCUGAUGAAAAAUCCUCCCUCUCCGUCCUCCUCCGACGCUUGGUACUAAGGGAAAAGUUGAGGGUCCAUGCCCCGCUUCCGUGUCCGUCUUUGAGAUUUGGGAACGAGGCAUGGGGGGGUGGAGAGCCAGGGAGGGCACAGGGAGGCGGGCAUCAGGCCCGCCCCCACCCACGCCUUCUCGUGUGCCAACGUCCUCCAUCCACGUAAGCUCUGGGGGGAUUCCCUUGGCCGGAUGAGCCCAGGUGGAGACUUAUUUCAUUUUUAAAAGCUGAAACAAAAAACAAAAAAACAACCCUUAAAAGGAAUAAUGUAUCUUAUAAUUUUUUUUAGAUUUUUAAAGAAAAACGCAUUUAAUGAAAAGCAUUGUGCACGAAUGAAUUCUAUAUAUAAAUAUAUACACAUACAUAUCUCUCUAUAUAUUUUGGGAGGGGGCCCUGUCAUCUUGUCAUUUGGCUCGGUUUCCCGUUCGCUGUUCGAACCUCCAGCUCCCAGCUGGCUAAACUUGGCCCCCCCCCGGUGGCUGGGGCUGGGGGAGGGCGGACCUCUGGCCACUCUCGGCCCGCCUCCCUGCCUUUGUCCGCUUUGCACCUCAGCCUCCACGCCCUCCCUUCCCCAGCUGAUGCUUCGGGUGGAAAAGCUGGUCGGUCUCGGGGUUUGGGACUUUUUUUGGUUCUCUUGGGUUAUUUCCUGGUUGUUUUGUGCUAAUUACUCUCGUAUUGUACAUUUUGUUUCUCCUGCUGCUCUUCCGUAUUGUAUCAAUGCCAGGAAUGGGGAGUUCAAAGCCUAUUUUUGCCCCCCAAUAAAUUGUUACAUUCCAAAGCUGCA